GGCGACAUGAGGACAGCAUAGGAAAAUGGCCGAAGCACCAUGGCGCACACUUUGAUACUGGUAGUGAUUUUCCUGUCAUUAUGUGUGGAUUUUACCUAUUCUGGAAGAGGGUGUUCGCCAGGUAACUUCGGGUGGAAAUGUAAGUUCCAGUGUGCGUGUCGUCGAGGGCCAUGUGACAAGAACACCGGGUGGUGCGAGUCCGGGUGUCAGGAGGGGAAAUAUGGUGUCGGCUGUCAGCUCUUGAACGAGUGCUUGUACGACAGCCAAGGUGUGAACUACACUGGGACACUGGGUGUCGGUAAUGAAGGAAAGAAGUGCAUCAGCUGGUCAGAUCCUUUUGUGCAAGGGGAAGGAUAUACACUCGACAAAUUUCCCCCUGGUGACAAUCCCAAGAACUACUGUCGUAAUCCUAAAAACAACUACGGAAAAUAUGGAGUCAAGCCAUGGUGUUUCUUCUCCACUCUCCUGAAGAAGAAUUUCGUGACAUGUGGGGAGCUGAAGCCAUGUUCAUGUCCAGAUGGUCUGUUUGGGGCUGGCUGCCAAUCUGUUUGUCACUGUCGGACUGUAGAUGAGGUGUGUAACAAGUUGUUCGGAAGCUGCACCUCGGGCUGCGCAGCGGGAUGGACUGGUCUCAACUGUCAGAGAACGUGUCCGGAGGGCAAGUACGGCCAGGACUGUGCUCAGACAUGUGGCCACUGUUACCAGAAGUCGUGUGACCCAGAGUAUGGGGAGUGUCAGAAAAACUGUGAGGAAGGGUACAGUGGACUGUACUGUACAGACAAAUGUCCCAAUUCACGCUACGGACGCAACUGUGAAGGAGAGUGUGGCAAAUGUAAAGAUGGAGAGCCCUGUAAUAAGAACACUGGAUUCUGUUUUCGAGGCUGCAGUAAUGGAUACAAAGGAUACAAGUGUGAUGAAAAAUGUCCCCCGGGACUGUAUGGCAAGAGCUGUAAGCUGAACUGUGGCUACUGCAAGUUUGGCAGCACGUGUGAUCACGUGACAGGCACAUGUCUCAGUGGAUGUCAAGCUGGAAAAAUGGGAGACAACUGUACCACUGACUGUGAAGAUGGACAUUAUGGAGAAAACUGUUCUUUUGCUUGUGGAAGCUGCAAAUUUGGCAAACCAUGUCUUGCAAAAACAGGCCAGUGCAUGGACGGGUGUAGUGAUGGGUUCCUGGGAUACCAGUGUGCUGAAGCUGUCGAAGCACUAGAGGAAGGGAAGAUAACUGGUGGGAUCGUCGCAGCUGUCGUCAUCGUCAUCAUUGUCAUCAUCCUCAUCCUGGCAUUUGUGCUCUACAGGAAGCGGCGCCAUAAGCGUAUGGAUGUGAGCAAUCCUCUGCCCUUGGACCCGCGGGAGGCGGAGAACAAUGGCCACAGCGAGAGUGCUCGCUUGUUGAGUGACUCGCGGGUUGGAGACGUGACACGACUGGAUCAGGAUGAAAAUGGCGGAAGCGAAGAGAUCAAUGAGCCGAUAUACGUGAACAUCAACAGUAAGAAGCAGACAAGCCCUGUCAAACUGGUGGACCUUGCCGAUUACAUCAAGAAGCACAGGGAGAAUAACUGUCUGGGAUUUAAACAGGAAUUUGAGGAGCUGCCCAUGGGUCUGCUGGCUCUGUGUGAGGUGGCCAGGCGAGCUGACAACAAGGCCAAGAAUAGAUACGGAAACAUUGUUGCUUAUGACCAUUCCAGGGUUACUUUAGACCCCAUGACCAGUGAAGCCAACUCGGAUUACGUCAAUGCGAACUUCAUGGAUGGCUACAGCAAACAGCAUCAAUACAUUGCAUCCCAAGGACCAAACAAGGCCAUGAUCCGAGACUUCUGGCGGAUGGUGUGGCAGCAGAGAGUAUGUAAGGUGGUCAUGCUGACCAACCUAGUGGAGGCUUGUAAGAAAAAAUGUGAGCAGUAUUGGCCGGAGGAGGGAGGCAUCAAGUACGGGGAGGUGACGGUCAGGAUAGUGGACACGGCCAAGUAUACAGACUACACCAUCAGAACAUUCGAAAUAUCACAGCUUGAGAUAUCCCGGAUAGUCAAGCAGUUCCACUUCACGACGUGGUCAGACCAUGGUGCACCCACCUACCCCACGACCCUCCUCGCCUUCCGACGCAAGGUGCAGAUGUACAACCCCGAGUCCUCCGCUCCCAUCCUCUGUCACUGCAGUGCUGGGAUCGGCCGUACUGGGACGUACAUAGCUCUUGACUACCUGCUGGAGCAGGCCCAGAAAGAGGACCAGGUGGACGUCCUGUGUAUCGCCCAGCUGAUGAGGACCAACCGUGUCAACAUGAUUCAAACAUGGGAACAAUAUGCCUUUGUUUACGACGCUGUUCUUGAGGCUGUCAAAUCAGGGGAGACAACUAUAGCCAAGUCUGCAUUCCGAUCUACCUACCAAAAUAUGCUGAGCGCAGCCAACGAGGGGGACCCCAACAAACUUGAGGAACAGUACCAGGUGCUACAGACACUGUCUCCCACAGUGGAAAGAAGUGAGUGCUCUGCUGCCUUUGCCGAGGAUAACAUGAACAAGAACCGAUUCAAGAACAUCUUGCCAGCCAAUCGGUGUCGCCCUUUCCUGUACACGCCUGUUGACAACUGUACUGACUACAUCAAUGCUGUGUUCCUCCCUGGGUGUACGCAGAAGGACCGGUUCAUUGUCACUCAGAUGCCGCUUCCCAACACUGUAGCCGACUUCUGGCGCAUGUUGUACGACUAUACCUCCGAUACCAUCAUCAUGCUCAAUGAGUUUGAUAGGAACGACAAGUCGUGUGCCUUGUACUGGCCGGAGGAGUAUGGCUACACAGAAGAGUACGGCCCUCUCAAUGUGGAGCUGCUGUCGUCAUCUGAAGCUGACCCUGACGUCACCAUCCGCAUCUUUAAACUCAGCCAUCUUGUCAAGGGUGAGGAGAGAGCAGUGAAACAGUUCAUGUUCAAAUCAUGGCCGGACUACCAGACAGUGCCCAACUCACGGACAGCUCUACUCAGGCUGCACAAACUCACCACAGACUGGCUCAAGCAGAACGGCAAGGGCCCAGUCACAAUACACUGCAUGAAUGGUGCCAGCAAGAGCGGGAUGUUUGCUGCCAUAAGUCUGGUGCUGGAGAGACUGAGUCUAGACCAGGAGUUGGACGUCUACCAGACCGUCAAACAGAUCCGCAUCAACAGACCACAGUUCAUUGAGAACUAUGAACAAUACCAGUUCUGCUACCAGCUCAUCAUGGAAUAUCUUGACAGCCAAGAGUAGCCAUAGCAACCGUUGAUCAACCAUAGCAACAUUCCACGGUUACAAAGACCACCAUCCCAGCAUUCCAUAGCUCAAAGCAAAUGCUUGUGAUGUUUUAGUAUCACAAAUUGUCAUUUUCAAUUUUACAAACCAUGAAAGCUUUAGUCAGUGUUAUGUAAUGGAUAUAUUACUUUUGCUCAGAUUUCUAUAUAUGUUGUACACCACUAGGAUAUUUUAACAAGUUGUUUAUGGAUUGCGUUUUCCGAUAUCAACUAAGAGAGUUAAGAUAUUUUUAAUUAUGUUGACUUUUAACGAUUGUUGAAUUCAUUUGCAUCUUCUGAAAGGUUGUUACGUAAUUUACUCAUGUCAAAUUUGUUUAUUUGUCCAAAGUUAAUUUGCAGAUGUUUGAAGAAUAGUGUGUUCAGAGACAACAGGUAGUAUGUUUCCCAGAUUAUGCAUUCACUGCUCAUAAUGUGUCAUACAAUUUAUUAACUGGUCGAAGUAUUACAUGUGUGUCUGGGGCUGCCGUCAGCUGGGGCUAUAUAACACAUUUUGUAUGAUCAUACUGAGGUUGCGAUACAAUACAUGGUCUGACAUACAGUGGAACCCUUCUAGUCUGCAACCCUGUGACUGUGGACCCUGUUAGAGUGGAUCCUGGGAGUCUAGAUCCUGUUAUUCUGGGAUACAGUCCUACUGAUUAGAGCCAGGCUUAAGGUCCUACUGAUGGGGUCCUGGGAUAAGGUCCUACUGGAUGGGUCCAGGCAUGAGGUCCUACUGAUGGGGUUCUGGGACACGGACCUACUGAUGGGGUUCUGGGACAUGGUCCUACUGAUGGGGUCCUGGGAUACAGUCCUACUGAUGGGGUCCUGGGACACGGUCCUACUGAUGGGGUCCUGGGACACAGUCCUACUGAUUGGAUCCAGGCUUCAGGUCCUACUGAUGGGGUCCUGGGACACGGUCCUACUGAUGGGGUCCUGGGAUACAGUCCUACUGAUGGAUCCAGGCUUCAGGUCCUACUGAUGGGGUCCUGGGACACGGUCCUACUGAUGGGGUCCUGGUACACAGUCCUACUGAUUGGAUCCAGGCUUCAGGUCCUACUGAUGGGGUCCUGGGACACGGUCCUACUGAUGGGGUCCUGGGACACAGUCCUACUGACUGGAUUCAGGCUUAAGGUCCUACUGAUGGGGACCUGGGACACGGUCCUACUGAUGGGGUCCUGGGACACAGUCCUACUGAAGGGGUCCUGGGACACGGUCCUACUGAUUGGAUCCAGGGUUAAGGUCCUACUGAUUGGAUCCAGUCUUAAGGUCCUACUGAAAGGGUCCUGGGACACAGUCCUUACUGACUGGAUCCAGGCUUAAGGUCCUACUGAUUGGAUCCAGUCUUAAGGUCCUACUGAUGGGGUCCUGGGACACGGUUCUAGUGAAGGGGUCCGGUCAUAAGUUCCUACUGAUGGAAUCCGGGGCUAUAGGCGAUGGUGGAUAGAUUCAAUGUUGGCAUCCCUAUGCAAUGGAAUUGUCAUCAAUACAUCAUCUAACAACCUGUUCAUACAUCCAUCAACUCAUACGUAUCCAUUAUUGUCAUAUGUACAUACACACAACUCAUGGUAUCAUAGCCAGUUUUUCAAAUAUUGGUAAUCAAAACGUAACACUAGAUCAGCAGAGUGUAUUUAUCUCACUAUUUACGGUAUAUAUGAAGCUGUCCGCAUCCACCAGUAGAGGGCGCAUGAGGGUGUGUCUGAGUAAUUCACUUCACCAGCACCAGGUGAGUCACUGAAUUAAGUUCAUAAUAUCCUUGUAUGCAGAAAGCUAUUACCGUAUUUUCCAUUGCGAAAGGGUAUGUAUAGAUGCAUCAGAUACAUAUGUUCCCGCACACAAUACUAUUGAUUUAUGCAGUAGGGACACAGACAAGCAUUUACAUCUUCCGAGGCAAGAGAGUUAACUGACUUUAAAAGUCCAGUUUCCACCCUUGCCGAACUAGGCUGGUAUUAUGGAGUUACAUUUUGGCUGGACUAAUGAGUCUAUGCAUAGUCCAAUCAAAAUUGGCAACGAAAAUCGAAAUUUGGUUCAUAAAUUGUCAUGCAGAUUCUGGUCAAUUGCAGGAUUUGCAAAGCAUGUGCACCACCAACUUGUUGUCAACAGAUAUUUUCUAAAUCUUUAUAUGUUUUUAAUCAGGGUGCUCGCAUGAUGUGAUGCACUUAGGGAUGUAAGAUGUUUUAUCACAAUAUAGAUCUUGAUUAUCGAUCAGAUCGUCUAGAUUGGGCGUCGUCAUUUUGUUUGAACCAAAUGCAAGUGAUAUGAGAGGUGGAAUCUGAUUGGUCCAUAGGAGAGGCAUGGA